AUGGCGCUGUCCUGGAGGAGCUGGCUGGCCAACGAGGGGAGCAAGCACCUCUUCCUGUUUUUCUGGCUCUCCCUCAAUGUAUGGCUCUUCGGGAAAACCUUCCUGCUUUAUAAUCAAGGGCUACAGUAUUAUUAUUUGCAUCAGAUGUUAGGGCUAGGAUUGUGUAUUAGCAGAGCUUCGGCGUCUGUCCUCAAUCUCAACUGCUGCCUGGUCCUGCUCCCCAUGUGCCGCGUUCUCUUGGCCUUCCUGCGGGGAUCCCAGAAGGUUGCCAGCAAGAAAACCAGAAGGCUGCUAGAUAAAAGCAAAACUUUCCAUGUGACAUGUGGUGUUACGAUAUGCAUCUUUUCAGUCUUACAUGUUGCUGCUCAUCUGGUGAAUGCUCUUAACUUCUCUGAGAAUUACAAUGAAGAAUUUGUGACCCUAAAUGCGGCAAACUAUCGUGGUGAGGACCCGAGGAAACUACUUUUUACAACUAUUCCAGGUCUGACUGGAGUCAUUAUGGUGUUAGUAUUAUUCCUAAUGUGUACAGCGUCCACAUAUGCCAUCAGGGUUUCAAACUAUGACAUCUUCUGGUAUACACACAACCUUUUCUUUGUCUUCUAUAUGCUGCUGAUGCUGCAUGUUUCUGGGGGAGUGCUCAAGUACCAGACCAACUUAGAGGAACACCCUCCUGGUUGCUUUAAUCCUAACAAAACGCUCCGACAGAAUCUGACUGUGCCAAAGGCUUUUGGAGAGCUGUUUCCAGACUAUACUACUGAGCCUUUCCCAGAGGACCCACCAGUACCAGAACCCUUUGUACAAAAUAGCUUUACGAGAGUUUGUUCCGAGGAACCCAAGUUCCAGUCGCACUUCCCAGAGACCUGGUUCUGGAUUUCCGGACCGCUGUGCCUGUACUGUGUGGAGCGGCUGUACCGCUACAUCCGCAGCAACAAGCCAGUCACAAUCACCUCAGUGAUAAGCCACCCCUCCAAUGUCCUUGAAGUCAGGAUGGUGAAAGAUGACUUUGAAGCAAGGCCUGGUCAGUAUGUUAUUCUCCACUGUCCGAGAGUGUCUGCCCUGGAAAGCCAUCCAUUCACUCUUACAAUGUGCCCUACAGAUACCAAAGCAACGUUUGGGGUCCACCUAAAAGUAGUAGGAGACUGGACAGAAAGAUUUCGGGAUUUACUGCUUCUGCAUUCAAAUCAAGAUACAGAGAUUCUGCCCAUCUUUCAGCAGAGACGCUAUCCCAAACUGUAUGUGGAUGGACCUUUUGGAAGUCCCUUUGAGGAAUCCCUGAACUACGAGGUCAGCCUCUGCGUGGCUGGAGGAAUUGGGGUUACACCAUUUGCAUCUGUGCUCAACACAUUGCUUGAUGGUUGGAAAUGCUACAAGCUCAGAAGACUCUACUUCAUCUGGGUGUGCAGGGACAUUGAGUCUUUCCGCUGGUUUGCAGAUCUGCUCUGUAUGUUGCAUCACAAGCUUUGGCAGGAGAAUCGGCCAGACUAUAUAAAUAUCCAGCUGUACCUCAGUCAAACAGAUGGAAUACAGAAAAUAAUUGGUGAAAAAUAUCAAGCUUUAAACUCCAGGCUUUUGAUUGGACGACCCCGGUGGAAGCUCCUGUUUGAUGACAUAGCAAAGUGCAAUAGGAGGAAGACCAUUGGAGUUUUCUGCUGUGGACCAAACAAAAUCUCUAAGAUACUUCAUAAACUGAGCAACAGCAGCAAUUCCUAUGGGACAAGGUUUGAAUACAAUAAAGAAUCCUUCAGCUGA